AUGAAUCUCUGGAAGAGAGAAGAGUGCAAGAACACAGAUCCUUCGCUGGACCUCUGCGAAAAGUAUACCAGCACAUUCCAGACCGCCGGCAUCCCAUGCAUCAUCGGCCUAUGCCUUUUCUUCCUCCUAACCAUCAUCCUAUUCGUGAUUGUCAGAAAGCGACGGAGACAACAGCACGCUGCUGAAGAAGCGAAACACAGAGAGAUCGACGACGGGGUGGAGUUGACCAGGCAGUAUCACAUGAAGAAUGAGCAGCAAGGACUAGGCAUCAUGGACACAUUUCAAGAACCGCCACCAAAGUAUCAGGCAGCGGUCUAG